AGGCAUUCAAAACACACACACACACACACAACACAGCACAUAAGUCAACCUUAAUGAUGUCUGAAUGACGGUGGACACACCGGCGUCGGAAAGGAAGAUGCGUUCCCGCACAGACGCUCUCAGCAUCCGAAAUGGGAUUUACUUUGGGGCAACUUUGCGCCGAGUUCAACAAGCUGAAAGCUCAGUGUCCAGACUUUGAGACUCUUUUCCUCCUUAAUGGAUGGAAAUCAAGCGGAAGGAAAACCAGGUUGGGGAACUCGCGUUUGCGCCAAUUUCCCUAAGACGCAAAGUUUUGUAAAGUUCCGUAAGUUUUGUAAAGUUUUGUUGUUUAAAAAAACACAGAGCCGGGGCAAUGGGGACGCGGUGUUAGUUUACAGGUUGUAAAAGCAAACACGCGAAAAAAAAAACCCUGUGGAUUUAUCGAUCAAACAAACUAAUCAAAAAAACACGGAAUUUUGACGCAAUGGCCGAAAAGGGGGCGCAAAGCAAAAGUGCGGUUUACCGGAGUGUCUCCUUCAAGAAGCUGCACAACUGGAAGGCCGAUAAAAGCGGUUCAGGAGCCGAGGAUCAGCGCCACGGCUCGGAGGAUUUGGACACUGGAGGAGCCCUUCCCCCUCCGGCUGCACAGCCCUCGGAUAUGCGCAGUGCUGCUGUGGCUAGGAAAGUUUCCAAAAUCUCAGCAGCCAACCUCUCGAGGGCAGAGCCGAGGAAGGGCUCCACUCAUUCCAUUUCACCCUCAGUUCGGCAGCUCUCAGAAAAGUUUGGAACGAGCACAAAUUCAGGCAGCACUUCAGCCCUUCAGUCUGCAACUUCGCACAGGAUUAGAUCUUCAGAUGGAUCAUCUUCCCAGGACGUUUCAGGACAUAGCCCCGAUCAGAGCGAAGGAACCCUGAGAGACAAACUAUCAGAUCGCAAGUGUCAAGAAUCCGGCUCUGGCUCGGAUUCGGAUCGACGUCAUAAAAGGAAGGUUCGAAAGAUCGAAGGUGCCACAAGGGCAGGGAUUUCAUUGUUCAAGUCUCACCGCCGCCAUCGCUCCUCGCAAGGCAAAACUAUUCAUGUUGAUUCGACCUGGCCGAGCGUUACGAAAAUUAGAGAGCUUUUUGGUGAUGGUCACAGAAAGAAGUCAAUGUCGGAUGGAGAGGACUUGAAGUCUGAUGACUAUCACCUUCACCAUUGGUACAGCACAAAAGACGGCAACACGUCCUCUGACAAAAGCGACAGUCAGUCACCACGGCACUCAAGAGGACACUGGAAGGAUAUAAACAGCUCAGAUCAUCAUGCUAGCAUAAACCAGGGUGUAGACUCUGCUUUCAGCACUGAAAAGCAGGAUGGUGAUCUGUGCUCUGUGACGAGAAAACUGUCAUCGGAUAUAAGUAAAGUUGAGAUUCAGAAGAUUAGCAGACAGGAUUUUACAGAUAGUGACCUGCGACCCACUCCUCCCACCCCUCCACCUCGCAGUAGUUCUGUUGCCCUACCUCUGAAGUCCCAUUCUUGUGCUUACCGUGAGCAGCUGCAGGAGCAGAGACAGAGGGCGAAGCAGCCACAGCCAUCAGAUAGUUUGCAUUCCUCACAUAGUUCCUCAAAACCACAGACGGGCUUCUCCGUGGAAUCGGCCAGCUAUCGUAAGAGAUUUAGCUCUGGAGAAGAGGAGGACGAAUCUGGAGGGCACACGGGUAGAGAUACACUCGCGUUUGUUUACAGCAGUGAAGGAAUUGACACACAAAAUUCAAAAAGCAAGAAUGACGCCUGGGUUAGACUCUUGCAUAGGUCUUCAGGUAGUGAGGAAGACAGCCCAGCGGGAUUAGCUCAUCAAGUCCGACGUCGUUCUCUGAGGAAAAAGAAGAAAAGCAACUGCAGUAGAGAGAAUGAAGAGUCUGAUGACAGUGAUGAGCAGCAUGUGAUGAUGGAGCAUCUGGAGCGCUAUCAGCGUUCAUGUGAUUCCCAAAUGGAGGGACGUAGGCUUGACAGCUUGAGGCCUAAGGCCUCCUUUAAUGGGCAAAUGUGGGAGAAAGGCCACACAGCUCGAGGUUCCUCCAUGGUUCAGGAGAGUUACAGGCGGCUGUGUAAAGAUUCUGAGGGACAAGUUGGCACAAGCAACGUCCCAUUUGUAUCACGUGUGUCAAAGGUAAACAUUCCUUCAUUUCUCUCCACUCCCUUGGGGUCACGCUGUAGCAGCAGAUAUUCCAGCACAGAGACUCUGAAGGCUGAAGACCCUGUGAGUUCAACGUCCAGCCGAGCCUCAUCUUCUGUUCUAAGCAAAACAUAUCAUGGCAAUGCUACGAUGUAUCGUUCACCUAGUUUUGGGCAUGGAGACAAUUUUUCCCGUGCCCCAGUCCGUGUUCGUCCUCGGAUGGUGCCUAGCUUGAAUCAAGGAGAAGCUACUUCUACUGCUGCAGAAAACAGAUUUGGUCGGCGUUUUGUCGGUCAUGAAAAAGAUAAAGAUAGAAUAUCCAUGUCAAAUCCUGAUAUUGCUUCAGAAACUCUGUCACUGCUGAGUUAUGUGAAAACUGAUUUAUCAGAGCUAAGGAUGAAGAGGAGAGACCAUGACGGUGGGGAAAGUUCAAACUCCAACAUUCAAGGUGUAAAAAGCACAUCAAAUAUGUAUAGAAUGGGCUUAAGACCCACAGGUUUGAAUUCUCGAAGGCCCUCUCUGAAAGACCUCACUGCUACUUUGAGGAGGACUAAAUCUUUCACUUAUUCAGAGAAACCAUUAGGGUCGGCGAUAAGAUGUUCCUCUGAGCAAAGAUUGGAUUGUGAAAGUGAUGGAGAUCGAAUAAUUGUCUCUGACCGAGAGGUGGAGAGUGAUGAUUGCAGUGGUUGUUAUGACUAUGAAGAGCCAAUGCCAACCUCUCUACAAGAUCUCUAUGUUCAAGAAGCAAGACAGGUAAUAAGGGAUAUUUGUCAAAUGAGUGCUAACAAGGAUGAUGAUGAUGAUGAUGAUGAUGCUAUUGUAGGGUUUAAAAGAAAUGGGAAUUUGGAAACGGUGGAAGCUAAUAAAGAAGUGAAUAAGACAGAGCAAGUGAAGAGGGUAGAAGGACAGACUGUUGAUACAGUAAACAAAAAAGAGGCUGAUAGAGAAAGUGGAAGUUUACCAAGAGGAAAUUCAGAGGAGAACAUGUUUGGUGAUAAGUCGUUGGAUGAACUUUCAGGACAUGAAUCAAGUCUGACAGAUGAAGGAAUUGUCACAGAGCCGGAGGCUGUCUCAUAUAGAGGGCUGUCCUCUGGCACAGACUUGCUAGGCCAGACGCUCACUGUUUGGACUCAGUCUGGACUGUAUGAGGAACACUCGCCCAUUAUGACUCCAGAGAAGUCUCUUUCCACUCCUGCCUCAUCUGCGAGGACAGAAUAUGAGACAGUAGCAAUAGGAGGAGAUGUAAACAUCAGUAGAAAUUUAAACCAGUCUUCUUUAGAGGCCCCGGCUACCCCCAGUGCGCUUCGAAGACGGAGAAAAUUUUCUUCAGCUGGCAACAAUGGCUCAGAAUCCAGCAAUGGCAGUAAUGGUGAGUCAAAUGGCGAGUCUGCUUACCGUUCUCUUAGUGACCCCAUGCCACAUCGAAAUCGCUCGUUGGCAGAAGACAGCAGUAACAGCUUUUCUAUGGACAGUAAUCUACUUAGCUCACUCUCUCUAAACUCAAAGGUGGGUGUAAGUGCAGAUUCCUCUGCGGAUCUGUCAGAGUGUACCGGCAGUGCGGCUAGUGACCUGUCAGUAUAUAGUGACUCUCUGCGGGAUUACAGCACAGAGAUUCAGAGCAUAAUGCAGGAACCUGGUGCGAUGGACAAGCUAAUUGAUGAAAAGGCAAACGGAAAAGCUGUUAAGAAGAAGAGCUUCAGUGACCCCAGCAGACGGGGCGAACUAACUUCUCCAGCCCUUGAAGCUCAAAAAUAUUCUAAUGAACCUAUUAAUGAGUUGGAGCAGCUUAUUCCUCCGUCCAGCAGCGAACCAAUUCUCUCAGAGCAAAGAGAUGAACUAUGGGAGCUGAACAGUGAGCAACGUCAGCUGUACUCCCUCAGGAGGUCUCAAUCCCAGUCAGAACAACUCUUGCCCUUCCAACUUGACCACAAUGGAGUUAAUAAAGUGGGUGACGAGGAGCCAAAGUUGCCUUUUGACCCCAAGCUGGCCCAGGUGUUGUCUCCUUGCAUAAGUCGUCGUGGUUACAAGAAACGCACACACAGAGUCGCACAUCAACAGUCUUCUGAUGAUGGGGAUCAGUUGGAGGAGCAAAGCUAUGAAGAUCACCUGGAUCCUUCCAAGUCCACUCUGCCCAAACUUCCUGUAGUUAAAAUAAGGCCCAAACAUGUACGCCAUGCCAGUGAACCUGCAACAUUUGUGCCUAUUGCAACCCCUAACCAGCAACAGAGAUCUUUAAAGAGCCCAGAACCCCAACAAUUCUCAAAGCACAGACAAAGAGAGGGAACUCCGUCUUUGGAGGAUGUGACGGAACAGUACAUCUUAGCAUUAAAUCCAGUCGAAGGAUCUUCAGAUGCCCCUGCUGGUGGAGCUGUUGUGGAAGGUACCAGCUCUGUUCCUGCAACUUCCACCCUUGACCCCAAACUGCAGAGGAAGUCCAGUGAUGAGCUGACCCAGGCCCCACUUAAAACGAAACCACGUGUGGAUAUGAGAAGACAUGUCAUGAUGACUCUACUGGACACUGAACAGUCAUAUGUGGACUCUCUGAGAACGCUGAUUCAGAGCUACAUGAAGCCACUGAAGCAGCCGGAUAACUCGCUGCUCUGCGAUCCGUCUCUGGUGGAUGAAAUGUUCUACCAGAUCCCUGAAAUCCUGGAGCACCACGAGCUCUUCCUGGAGCAGGUGAUCACCUGUGUUAAUGACUGGCAUGAGCGCCAGACCAUCGGUGACCUCCUGGUUCAGUCGUUUUCCAAAGAGGUGCUGGCGAACAUUUACUCUGCGUACAUCGACAACUUCUUGAAUGCCAAAGAUGCAGUGAGGAUUGCUAAAGAAGCCAAACCUGCAUUCAUGAAAUUUUUGGAGCAAAGUAUGCGAGAGAAUAAAGAGAAGCAGGCUUUGGGUGAUCUGAUGAUCAAACCUGUGCAACGCAUCCCACGUUAUGAGCUCUUAGUCAAAGAUUUGUUGAAACACACUUCAGAAGACCAUCCGGACCACUCACACCUGCUGGAUGCUCAGAAGAGCAUAAAGCGAUUGGCUGAGAGGAUCAAUAAGGGACGACGAAACGCAGAGGAGGUGGAGCGAGAGACACGGGUCAUGCAGGAGAUCGAGGCACACAUAGAGGGGGUGGAGCAUAUCCUGAAUCCUCAGAGGAAAUUCCUGAGACAGGAAAUGGUGAUGGAGGCGAAAUCAGUAGGAGGGAAAAAGGAUCGCUCUCUUUUCCUGUUCAGUGAUUUGCUGAUCUGUACUACUCUGAAGAGGAAGUCAGGCUCUUUACGCCGGAGCUCAAUGAGUCUAUAUUCUGCAGCUAGUGUCAUUGACACCGCUAGUAAAUAUAAGUUCCUGAAACUGCCCUUGGAGGAUAUUGAGUUAGUGAAAGGCUCGAGUCAGGCCACCAACAGGGAUACGAUCCAGAAAACCAUCAGCCGUCUCGAUGAGGACCUCAGUACGCUCGGCCAAAUCAGCAAGCUGUCGGAGACGCUCAGCUUUCCUCAUCAGAGUCUAGACGACGUGAUAAAGGACCUGAUGGCAUCAGUUCACAGGGAAUUAGCAGAGAAACAGUCGCUGGCGUUCAGCAUGACCUUCUUGCCAACUAAACUGGAGCUAAGCACAGCAUCUGCAGACAGCAGCUUCAUCUUCGAAUUUAGCAGUCCAGACACACGCAGCAACUUCGAGCAGGCCUUUGAGGAGGCCAAAAAAAAGCUUGCUAUGAAUAAAGACGAAUGGGACCCUGAGUUCCUGAAAGCCAUUCCCAUCAUGAAGACCCGAAGUGGUAUGCAGUUCUCCUGUGCCUCGCCAAGCCACAGUAGCCCAGAGAACGUGUGUGAGGUGUGGGUUUGUAAUAGUGACGGUUAUGUAGGUCAAGUGUGCGUUCUGAGCAUCAGGGCCGAGCCCACAGUGGAGGCCUGCAUUGCUGUCUGCUCUGCACGGAUCAUCUGCAUCGCAGCUGUGCCAGGACUCAAGAGCAGGGAGCGUGUGGAAUUAAGGCACUCUGUUCCCACGGCACCAUCCGAGUCCGAGUCAUCACCGGCUCCUUCUGUCCAACCCCAGCUCCACAUCUCCAUCUCUCGCUCCUCUCCGGAGCUCAGCGACGCUCCUGCUCCCACAGCGCCUGAGCUAGGGCCCUUUGAAAGCGACGACUCGGAUGACGAAGACUCACCGAGUCCCUCGUCCACGCUGCAGAGCCAAGCGUCACAUUCCACCAUCUCGUCCAGCUACAAUGAUGAGGGAGCAGUCUGUAAGGACAUGGCCCCUGAGACUACCAGUUCGGAGGAGGAACAGGAGUUCUCCAGCGGGUUCCGAACACAGAGACUGAGCGUUGACAGCCCAAUGGAUGGGCGCGCCAUGCGCAGAUCCAGCCGAGGCUCCUUCACCCGAGCCAGCCUUGAGGACCUGCUAAGCAUCGAUCCAGAGGCCCACCACAGCUCAGUGUGGCUGGGAACUGAGGAUGGAUGCAUCCAUGUUUACCAAUCCUCAGACAACAUCAGGAACAGGAAGAACAGCAUGAAGAUGCAGCACUCGGCCUCCAUUUUGUGCAUCCUGUAUCUUGACAACAAGGUGUUUGUGUCUCUCGCUAAUGGCGAGGUGAUUGUUUAUCAAAGGGAAGCAGGUAGUUUUUGGGAUCCUCAGAGUUCUCAGACCUUGUGUUUGGGUUCCCCGAGCGGUCCUGUCACUAAGAUGGUCCCAGUGGGAGGGAAGCUGUGGUGCGGCUGUCAGAACCGUAUUCUUAUCAUGAACACCAGCACUUUAACCCAAGAGCACUCCUUUGUAGUGGGCCAGGACAGCGGGCGCUGUGUGACCUGCAUGGUGAGCUAUGGUCAGGGUGUGUGGGUGGCUCUGCAGGGCAGCGCGCAGGUUCGUCUGUACCAUUCCACCAGCUACGAGAGCAUCGCUGAGGUGGACGUGGCACCUGCUGUUCACAAGAUGCUCGCAGGUUCGGAUGCCAUUAUUCGGCAGCACAAGGCUGCAUGUCUGAGGAUCACAGCUCUCCUGGCUUGCAGAGAUGUGCUGUGGAUUGGGACAAGUGCCGGGGUAGUGCUCACUCUACCAGUCCCACCUGUGACCUCCAAUGUAGGAACAGGAACUUCGAAGGCACCGCUCGUGCCCACUGGAUCUGCUCACGGCCACACCGGUCACGUCCGCUUUCUCACCUCCAUUGAGCUGCCCGAGGGUUUUGAUGUCCACUUUCCUUCCCAGGCUGAGUCAGAGCUGAGUAGCGACGGAGGAGUGCAACAGCGCCGGUCCUCCACUCUCCUUACGGGCAAAUCCACCCUGCUGGUGAUCAGCGGCGGAGACGGCUACGAGGACUUUAGGCUGAACAGCAGCAGCGAGACAGUGGGACGAGACGACAGCACCAACCACCUGCUGCUGUGGCAUGUGUGAGAGGCUCCCCAUUUCAAACGAGGGCCCCUGUGCCAUGAAUUCAGGCUCCGCCUCCUCAUUGGCAGCGUGCUGCUCAAGCCUCUGAACCCUGCUAUCUCAGUGCAUGAGCAUGACUGAAACUGAAAGGGAUAUUUCAGACAUUUUCUUUGUUUCGUUGUGUAAUCGGUCGUCGAGUUGUACUCCGUGUGUCCCACAUGGUGUAAGAAGUGAAUCUCACGCUGCUUUGUGGUGUUUCCUAGUGGGAUAAUAUGCGUAUAGCGUGACACCAGUCUACAGAGAAGAGAUACCGGGGAGAUUUUGUCACAGAAAGGACAACUCACUGGAUGGAGAAUGAGCAUGAAGGAGAAAAACGAGCAUGAAGACAGAAGCAACUGCAAUGUGGAACAAUUGAACUGAAGGACGAAUAGAACCAAUAGAACCGUACAGAAGAGGGUUAGAUGAAAGAAAUAGACUGGAGUCUAUAGAAAAAAGUAGGUCGGACACUAAAGAUGACUGGAUAUUUCGGAGUGUUUUAUGUCCUGCCCCUUCUUUAGAGAACGAUGGACGAUGGACUCGUUUACACACAGCGUGAUCAACUACUGCUCCGUCACACUUUGAUCGUGUUCAUGAAAAACAAGGUUUUGUCUUGAGCUCCACAAGUGAGAGUGACACUAGUGUUUGUCUGUACCUAACCAAUGUGCAAUAUAAGGCUAGGGUAUCUACUUAAGACUAUAUUAUAUACACAUUCACACAUGCACACCAACUAAAGUCACACACUUACCCCUUACCAACCCUUACCCCUUUUCCAUCUCCACAGUGCAGUAGCUUCAGGCCUAAAUUUCUACCAGUUUCAAACCUGAAGUGUUUAAUUAAAAAUAAUAUAUUAAAAAAAUCUGGGUGUGUGCUUCUGAGUCAAAACCAUCCAAACCCUUUAGCUAGUAUAGACAGCAAUUACAUGCAAAUACAAGACAUGCUUAAGUUUGGUGUCUUUUGCAUUAUUUUGAGUAUGGGGUUUUGCCUAAAGAAUAUUAACACAAGCUUUUGCCAAAAAAAAGGGAUCCCCAAGGGUUCUUUACAUAGUUCUGAGUUUUUAAAGGUCUCUAUUUUGAAAAAAAAAUGAUGAUCCUUUAUUUUUCCCAAGAUGGACAAACCAAAGAACUCUUUGGUAUUUUUUUUUUCCGUACACAGGCAGUACUUAAAUGGUUCUAACUUGCUCAGACCAUUGCUUAAUUGUCACAUUAUCUAUUUUCCUAAGAACCGCUUAUGCAUCAGAUUAAACCUUUUAUAGAAAGACAAAAAACAUUCCCGUGCAAAGAAGAACUUGUCCCUCACCCCAGAGAGCAUCUUUGUCUUCUUUGGUGAUCAUGUGAAUAACUCAAAUUGUUCAGAUCGUUGCCAUGGAGAUAAUGCGGCUCUACCUCCAAGCCCCUGCUUCAUGGUUAGAGACUUGCAGCAUUCUGUUGCUUUUAGCAUCUGAGAACCAGCACUUUGCCGUUCAAAUGUGCAAACUGAUUUAGAGAUUAGGAUCUGGCACUGCGUUGGUGGAAACAGGACACGUGUAAUAGCGUUCUAAUUCUUAUCGGCAUAUCGCCACGGUCACAGCCACAAUCUUUACACAUCAUCAUGACACUAUACUUUCUGUUGUCCAGUUAUUGUUUUUUGUGUCAUUUUUGUCUUUUAACUAUGGAGUCCAGUAGGUCAUAUAAAGGAGCAGUCAGUAUGGCUGUUGUGGUGAAAUUGUGUACAGUAUUUAUGUUUUUUGAUUUUAUAGCACUUAAUUUAUAAAAACUUGUCUUCUGUUACCUAAAAAAAAACGUGAAAGCUGUAUGGCUGAUUCAUGCUACUUUUUCCAGUUCCCUUUUCCAGUGUCACUACUUUACCAUGUCACAUCAGCAGGGUCAGAGAUUCAGCAACAAAAAUAUUCAAGCAAAUGUUCAUAAGAAACAAUACGUAUGACGAUAUUAUAGAACAUUGGGUUUGAGUGUCAGCUAAAUGAUCGUAAUGUGUGUAUGUAUAAAAAUGAUAAAAAUACCUACAUGAAAAUCAAGCCACACCGCUGUUUGAAAAAAUAUUGUAAUGCUUUGACUGACCUGAGGUUUUCUACUGUUGUUUACACCAUGCGUUUCUUAACACCAGCAUUAAGCAUUGCUUUAGGUAGUUUAGCUGAAGAAGGAUCAGGCGUGUUUGUUGCUUUGGAGUGUUCUGCGUCAUAAAGAUUAGUAGACACUUACAUGGGGAGUCCCAGAGUUAAACAUGUAGUCAGGUUACAGCAGAAAACAAGAAGAAAAAGAAAAGAUCUGUAUGAGCUGAAAAAAAUAUAUAGUGCACUACCCAUUUGUGAACAAUGUCUCCUAUUUAAACUAGAUGCUCUGAAAGAUGCAGGAGGUUGGCAACUCAAUUGUGCACUAAAAAGUUUGUGGAGACCUGAUUAUGAAGUUUCUGUGUUAUUUGAACAUCCUAUUUCUCACUUGCAGUAAUAAUAACCUCCACUCUUCUGGAAAGAUGUUCCACUAGGUUUUGAAGUGUGGUGAAAUUUGUGCUCAUUCAGGCACAAGGGCUUUUGUAAAGUCAGAUAAUGAUGUAGAGUGGGGAGUCCUGGGGUGCAGUCAAGCAUUCCAAUUCAUCCCAAAAGUGUUCAGUAGGGUUGAGGUCAGAGCUUAAUAGCAGGUCACUCAAGAACUUCCACUCCAACCCAUGUAAACCAUAUCUUCGAGGAGCUUGCAUAGUGCACAGAGGCAUCGUCAUGCAGAAGUAUAGUAGGUUCGGGUCUCCGAGUUCAAAUGAAGGCAAAAUAUCAUGUUACCACAUUAAAAGACGUCCUAUUGUGGCUCCAACUUUGUGGUAACAAUUUGGGAAAGAUUCAGAUAUGGCUGGAAAAGUCAGGUGUCCCAAUACUUUUGUUCAUAUAUUGUAAGUGAUAAUGUGCUUAGUUUGUUUUACAAAACAUCUGUAAAAGGUUAGAAGGCAUAACAUUAGGUAAUGAAUUGCAAAUUGCUGUUACAGGAAAAUAAUAUGCUUUUUAAAAAGCUAAGAAGACUUUGUUGUCGCAAUCCACCUUGGCAUCGUGUUUUAUUCUUGAAAAAAGUAAUCUUUAUCCUCUCUUUAUAUACAUCAAACUGAACUUGCGUUUUUUUUCUCAGUAUUUGAGAUCAUUUUUGAGACACACGGUCUUCUAAAAAGUGUAAAGUGCAGUUUCCGAAACAGUUUACAAUUAGGACAGUUUUGCCAACCACACUGCAUUUGUGUAAAUGUAUGUAUUUUAUGGGAAAUACCUUCGCUCUUGGAUCGAGCUCCUGUGGGAGCAACACGAGACUUUAAUGCUUUCCAAAAAGUCACUUCAGAAGAACUUAGGAACCCAUGGAAUGCCGUAGCUCCAAAAAAUAUUUAAAUUUCAGGAACGUUUGCUUGUUUUUAAAGCUUAAAAAAGAAAGAGAUUGGAACCGAAUGAAGAGUUUAUUAGCUGUAUACUGUUGAGCAAAUGUCAUUUUUUCUCUGUUAUUAAACAUAUUGUCUUGUA